AGUGGGCUGGAUGCUGGAUGUUCUGGUGUCUAGUGUCUAGAUCUUAGCCUAGACUAGAUCUAGUUGUUAGAGGUUUUUCGGCGUUCGCAACAGCACAAGGUGGUGUGUGUGUGCAGAGUGGAGAAGAUCAACGUCUAGAUCUAGAAUCUAGAUUUACGUCUGUGCAGUGUGUGUGUGUGUGGACUCUGGAAAACACGAAUUUGCUUCUUGUAACUUUUGGAACAGAGACCAGAACGGGUGUGAGGCUGGCUAAAGUUAUUCCCCCUGACAAUGACGUGGUGCAUUGUGAGAUGGUUGUGCCGGCAAGGACUUCCCCUGGUGGCCGGCGCCGUGGAGUGUCCCGGCAGCCUCAAGCAGAAAUUGCUGCAGCGAGCGUCCCUCAACUUCUUCAAACAGAGAUGUGUCUGCUUCACGUCUCUGUCGAAGGACAAUGCAGAGGUCGAGAAAUCAAACAACCCGAGCUCAUUCUCAGAGGACUCGAGUUGUACUGAAGAGUUUGUGGUUGACGGAGAACGAAUGGUUGGAAGAACCUCAGAUUUACAAGAGAGAAUCUCACUGCUGAAGCCAGACUCACCUCCAGAUUCCAAAGUGCUCCGCGUGGCGGUCAUCGGAAGGCCAAACUGUGGCAAGUCGACUCUCACAAACGCCCUAAUGGGCUGGCGGGUGUGCUCAGUGUCAGAUAAAGUACACACCACGAGAGAGAACACAUUAGCUGUGUUCACCGAGGGAAGGACACAGAUAGUCUUUGUAGACACACCGGGAAUUUUACAGCCGGGCAGCAGGAAAAGACAUAAACUGGAACGAUCGUUAGAAAUUGAUCCUGUGAGAAGUCUGGCGUCGGCUGACAUUGUGGCGGCCAUGGUAGACGUGAGUUGUCGUGCGGCGGUGCGGUGCCUAGACCCCGGUGUGAUGCGUCUGCUGUACAUGUACCGACACCUCCCGGCCGUCCUCAUCCUCAACAAGCUGGACCUGAUGAAGAAGCGGGACGAGCUAUUGCAGACGGUUCGCAUAUUGACAGAUGGCGUCGUCGCGGGGACGAGUCUUGAGCAGCGCAAACCUCGGACAAACAGACGCGAGAAAAUGUUUGCGGCAGUCGAUGAAAAACUGGGAGUGGCGCAGAAGCCCGAGGGGGAAGGGAACGCCCGUACAGGGGAUGACGAUGAUGAUGCGAUACCGGCGGAACUUCGCGCCCCCGUGGAUGAGGCGGUGAGGUCGGGCGAGCUGAGCUGGGACCAGUACUUCAACGAGCUGAGGCAGGCUACGCGGGUGGUGGGGUCGCGGCGGGGGUGGCCGUUGUUUGACCAGGUGUUCAGCGUUUCCUCGCUCCGAGGGGAGGGAAUCAAGGAGUUGAAGGAGUACCUGUUGGAGGGAGCGCAGGCCGGGCCCUGGCCCUACCACAGCAGUCUGGUCACUGACCAGCGGCCGGAGGACGUGGUCAAGCUCUCCGUCAGACAGGCCCUGCUGGACAACCUGCUCAACGAGGUUCCCUACCGGCUGCAGCUGACAAUUUUCCUGGGUCGUGACGGCUCAAUGAUCCGCAAGAUCUCGAGCCAGGCCAAGCAGGCAAUGAUGGACACGUUCAGAUGUGACGUACGCCUCAAACUGGUGGCUCUGCUCAAACACACGACGUCCAGCAACAGAUGACUUCUUCAUACAACAGAUGACUUCAACGUACACCAACAAAUGAACUUCUCCAUGUAUAGAACAACAGAUGUCUUCAACGUACAUAUUUUUCUCACGACUGGUUUGGCCGUGACAGACAAAGACGGAAGCCCGCCUCCUAAAUGAUCUAAAUUAUGUCGAUGGGGGCGUAAAAACACCCACAUUUUUACGAAUAAAAACUACUGCAACAA